CUUUCUCACUCACUCUCGUUCUCUCACUCUCGUUCUCUUUCCCUUUUUUUUUUUUUUUUUCCUAUCCAUCCAUGCUUUCUCGUUCGGUCGCUCUUCUCGCUGCGUCGUCCCGCGUCGCCGCGCGCUCUGCGCUCCGAUCGCACUCGACGGCCGCUGCUCCGGCUGCUGCUCAGGCUGUAAAGAAGGCCGCGCCGCUCUUCCGCUACCAAGACCUCUUCCCCGCUGGAAAGGACAAGACCACAGAGUACCGCAAGCUGCCCGUCGGCGAGGGUGCCGUCAAGGUCGUCGAGGCUGCGGGACGCAAGGUGCUGCAGGUCGCUCCCGAAGCCCUCUCCACCCUGACCCAGCAGGCAAUGAUUGAUAUUGCACACCUGCUGCGACCAAGCCACCUCCAGCAGCUCUCCAACAUCCUCAAAGACCCCGAGGCGUCGGACAACGACCGCUUUGUUGCUCUGCAGCUGCUCAAGAAUGCCAACAUUGCCGCUGGCAUGAUUCUGCCUGGCUGCCAAGACACGGGCACGGCCAUUGUCAUGGGCAAGAAGGGCCAGUACGUCUGGACUGAGGGUGCUGACGAGGAAGCCAUCUCGCGCGGCGUGUUUGAAGCCUACGUCAAGCGCAACCUGCGUUACUCGCAAGUCGCUCCCCUCGACAUGUACAAGGAGGUCAACACUGGCUGCAACCUCCCCGCCCAGAUUGAUCUCUUCGCCACCGAGGGUGACGAGUACAAGUUCUUGUUUAUGGCCAAGGGUGGCGGCUCUGCCAACAAGACGUACCUCUACCAACAGACCAAGGCGCUGCUCAACCCAAAGUCGCUCGUCGCCUUCCUCGAUCAAAAGAUCCAGUCGAUCGGCACGUCGGCCUGCCCGCCGUACCACCUUGCCAUCGUCAUUGGCGGUCUGUCCGCAGAACAGACGCUCAAGACUGUCAAGCUCGCAAGCGCGCGCUACCUCGACAACCUGCCCACGUCCGGCAACGAGCUCGGCCAUGCCUUCCGUGACGUCGCCCUCGAGCAGGAGGUGCACGCACUUUGCCAAAAGACUGGUAUCGGCGCACAGUUUGGCGGCAAGUACUUUGCCCACGACGUGCGCAUCAUUCGCUUGCCCCGCCACGGCGCUUCGUGCCCGGUCGGUGUGGGCGUGUCCUGCUCUGCCGAUCGUCAAGCGCUCGGCAAAAUCACCAAGGAUGGUGUCUUCCUCGAGAAGCUCGAAACCGACCCCAGCAAGUACCUGCCUGAAAUCACGGAAGAGUCGCUCGGCGGUCAAGUCGUCCAGGUGGAUCUCAACCAACCCAUGGACCAAAUCCGUGCCACCCUGUCCAAGUUCCCCAUCCGCACCCGUCUCGAGCUGACUGGCACGCUUGUGGUUGCCCGCGACAUUGCUCACGCCAAGAUCCAAGAGCGCAUUGAAGCCGGUCAGGGCAUCCCGCAGUACAUUCGCGAUCACAUUAUCUACUACGCUGGUCCCGCCAAGACACCCACUGGUUAUGCCUCUGGUUCCUUUGGCCCAACUACUGCCGGUCGCAUGGACUCGUAUGUCGAUAACUUUAUGAAGCUCGGCGGAAGCAUGAUUACGCUCGCAAAGGGCAACCGCAGCAAGGGCGUCACCACCGCUUGCAAGACCCACGGCGGCUUCUACUUGGGCUCCAUCGGCGGCCCUGCUGCCAUUCUUGCGCAAAACUGCAUCAAGAAGGUUGAGGUGCUCGAGUAUCCCGAGCUGGGCAUGGAAGCCGUCUGGAAGAUUGAGGUCGAAAAGUUCCCAGCGUUCAUCGUUGUCGAUGACAAGGGCAACGACUUUUUCUCCAAGUGGCAACCCAAGGAAUAAAACUGUGGCCUCAUCCCGCGGUUUUACGAAUGUGCAGAUGUAAAUGAUCGAUUUUUUGCUUUUUCCUUUUUUUGUUUUUUCUGAAUUCCAUGUUAUUUUCAAUGCAUUUUUUAUUCUCCCGUUUAUCGCUUCAACCAACUGCAGUCGAAC